AUGUCUGAGGAGGAGAUGGAAAGGCAGCUCGCACACCAAUUGAGGGCUCUCAACAAAUUAGAACAGCGACAGUUUCUCUCACUCCACAACAAUGUCACUGGCAAAAGGGUCUUCAGCGGCAUCUUCAAGACUAAUGCACUGCCUUGUGGUCCAAAAUCGUCUUUAGGCGCUGUCUACCCCACCAUAUGCUUCAUCAAUCACAGCUGCCUUCCAAACAGCUGUUACAGUUGGAAUGCGGCUGCACAGAUGGAGACUGUCUACGUGGUCCGCCCCAUCAAGGCCGGAGAGGAGAUCACUGUCUGCUAUACAGACCCGGAAAACACUGCCGCUCGACAAGCUCACCUCAAGAAUCACUUCGGAUUCAACUGUUCUUGUGAGCUCUGUUCACUGUCAAUCAUCGACCGGAAGGCUAGCGAUGCGCGCCGUAACCAGAUCUACCAACUUGAGGAAGGAUUCUUCGCACCAGGUCGCGCCAUCUUCAAGCCACGAGAAGCAUUGCUCGAUCUUCGCAAGAUGCUCGAGCUACUAAACGAGGAGUACAAAGGCGGUGCAAAGGUCUUGGAAUCCGACGUAUAUUACGACGCGGUGCAGCUCACCAUCUCUCACGGCGACGAAGCACGCGCGAGUACGUUUGGCAAGCGGGCUUACGAGGCGAGGCUACUCUGUGUGGGCGAAGACGGUACACGUACACAGGAGAUGAAGGGUCUGAUGAACAACCCAGCCUCCCACGAGUACUUUGGCAUGAGCAAGAAGUGGAAGACAGCCAAAGACGCCAUUCCAAGGGGCUUGGAUAAGAAAGAUUUCGAGAAGUGGCUUUGGCGACUGGAAUAG